AGCCCGACACACCUUUGUCAGGACUUGUUAGGGAGUGAAGAACUGAAAGAAAGGAGGGGGAGAGCAGGAGAAGUAAACAUUUUUGAAAGAUCACUCAGCUCUAACACACCUGGGCUGGGUCCGGAUAAAAAAAGUGGGGUCUGCAAACGUCUCGGAGAAAACAUCAGGAGGAGAGAGAGAGAGGGGGUUUUAUUCAAAGUUGUUUCCAGUCCCUUCCAAAUCUCAAAGAAGGUGGCUAUGGUAUGGAUGUAACCAAGAAAAACAAGCGAGAUGGCACUGAAGUCACUGAAAGAAUUAUCACGGAAACAGUAACUACAAGACUUACAUCCUUACCUCCAAAAGGGGGAACCAGCAACGGCUAUGCUAAAACGGGCUCUCUGGGUGGAGGGAGCCGGCUGGAGAAGCACAGCCUGACCCAUGGCAGCAGUGGCUACAUAAACUCAAGUGGGAGCACUCGAGGCAAUGCCUCCACGUCCAGUUACAGGAGGGCUCACUCCCCCGCCUCCACUCUGCCCAACUCACCUGGCUCCACCUUCGAAAGGAAAACGCACAUCACUCGGCAUGGAACAUACGAAGGGAGCUCCAGUGGCAACUCCUCCCCAGAGUACCCUCGGAAGGAACUCGCAUCUUCUUCAACCAGAGGAAGGAGCCAGACACGAGAGAGCGAAAUCCGAGUUCGACUGCAGAGCGCGUCCCCAUCUACCCGAUGGACAGAAUUGGAUGAUGUUAAGCGUUUGCUCAAGGGGAGCCGAUCAGCAAGCGUGAGCCCCACCCGGAACUCCUCCAACACCCUCCCGAUCCCCAAGAAAGGCACAGUGGAGACCAAAAUGGUGACUGCGAGCUCCCAGUCAGUGUCCGGCACCUAUGAUGCCACCAUCUUGGACGCCAACCUUCCCUCCCACAUGUGGUCUUCCACCUUGCCGGCGGGUUCUUCCAUGGGGACCUACCACAACAACGUGACAACCCAGAGCUCGUCCCUCCUCAACACCAACGCCUAUUCUGCGGGAUCGGUCUUUGGAGUUCCAAAUAACAUGGCGUCCUGCUCUCCCACGCUGCAUCCCGGGGUCAGCUCCUGCUCCUCAGUGUUUGGCAUGCAGAACAACCUGGCACCCAGCUCAUCUGCCCUGUCCCACGGCACGGCCACCACCUCCACAGCAUACGGUGUGAAGAAGAACCUGCCCCAGAGCCCUGGCGUUGUGAGCACUGGUGUGUCCACCUCUGCCGCCUGCACCACAAAUGUCCAGAGUGAUGACGUCCUGCACAAGGACUGUAAAUUCCUGAUUCUGGAGAAAGACAACACACCAGCCAAGAAGGAGAUGGAGCUGCUGAUCAUGACCAAGGACAGCGGGAAGGUCUUCACUGCCUCCCCAGCCAGCAUCACUGCAACAUCUUUUUCAGAUGACACCCUCAAGAAAGAGAAGCAAGCUGCCUACACGGCUGACACCUGCCUGGUAUCAGAAGCUAAUGGAGACGUGAAGACUGUGUCCACCAAGGGCAAGGCUGCCUCUGCAGAAAUCCACAACUACAACCACCGCGGGGGCGGCGGGGGCGGCGGGGGUCCGUGGGGGGCGGCGCCCGCCUGGUGCCCCUGCGGCUCCUGCUGCAGCUGGUGGAAGUGGCUGCUGGGCCUGCUGCUCACCUGGCUGCUGCUCCUGGGGCUGCUCUUCGGCCUCAUCGCUCUGGCUGAGGAGGUGCGGGCUUUGAAGGCGCGGGUGGCCGCGCUGGAGCAGGGCCGGGGCGACGUCCUGCUCUACGACCAGAAGACGGAUCGCGCCAGUAAGGACCGGCUGCUGGGCACCGCCCCCCGCGUAGGAGCAGAUGCCGGGGGCCUGGGGCUGGAUCACCACAGUCAGGAGGUGCUCUGGCUAUUUGUGAGGGACAAGCUGAAGGCCGAGCAGGAAAGCGGAAAUCUCCGAGGAAGCCCCGGCCCGAAAGGUGACAUGGGAAGUCAAGGCCCUAAAGGCGACCGAGGGCUCCCUGGGACUCCAGGCCUCCCUGGGCUCCUGGGCCACCCGGGUCCAGAAGGACCAAAGGGACAAAAAGGCAGCGUGGGAGAGCCAGGCAUGGAGGGACCCAUGGGCCAGAGAGGGCGAGAAGGCCCCAUGGGACCUCGUGGUGAACCAGGGCCUCCUGGGUUUGGAGAGAAAGGUGACAGAGGGGCUGCUGGUGAACCUGGUGUUCAGGGCCCACCCGGAGUCCCAGGUUCUGUGGGUCCCAAAGGUUCCAGCGGUUCUCCUGGCCCACGGGGUGUCCCAGGCCCAAUAGGUCCCCAAGGGCUCCGAGGAGAAGUUGGACUUCCUGGUAUCAAAGGUGACAAAGGACCUCUGGGGUCACCAGGACCCAAAGGUGACCAGGGGGAGAAAGGACCCCGAGGCCUCACAGGUGAGCCAGGCUUGAGAGGCCUGCCUGGUGCUGUCGGUGAGCCCGGAGCCAAAGGAGCAGUCGGACCCGCUGGCCCUGAUGGACACCAAGGUCCAAGAGGUGAACAAGGUCUGAUGGGGAUGCCUGGAACCCGAGGACCACAAGGGCCUUCUGGAGACCCAGGAAAGCCAGGUCUCACUGGACCCCAAGGACCUCAGGGACUUCCUGGUACCCCUGGCCGACCAGGAGCUAAAGGUGAACCUGGAGCUCCAGGCAGGAUCGUGACCUCAGAGGGGUCAUCGACGAUCACUGUCCCAGGCCCGCCGGGGCCUCCUGGAGCGAUGGGACCACCAGGACCUCCAGGUGCCCCAGGUCCUGUGGGCCCAGCUGGUCUCCCUGGACAGCAAGGCCCACGCGGGGAGCGAGGACUUACUGGCGAAUCUUUCGUGGGCAGCAGCAGCUCCAUCGCUGAGGUCCUCUCCACCCAAGGUCUUGAUUUACGAGGUCCCCCAGGCCCACCUGGGCCACCUGGGCCUCCAGGACCUUCCAUUCCAGGCCCGCCAGGACCCCGAGGCCCAGCAGGAGAAGGCCUGCCAGGCCCACCAGGCCCACCGGGAUCUCUCCUGACCAAUUCAGAGACCUUCUUCUCAGGGCCCCCCGGCCCCCCAGGACCCCCCGGCCCCAAGGGAGACCAAGGCCCCCCGGGCCCCCGAGGACACCAAGGCGAGCAAGGCCUCCCCGGGUUCUCCACCUCCGGUUCCAGUUCCCUUGGACUCAACCUGCAGGGACCACCCGGCCCCCGGGGACCCAAGGGGGACAAAGGUGAUCCUGGGGUCCCAGGGGCUCCUGGCAUUCCUGGUGGUCUCUCUCCAGGGGGAUCGUCGUCAAGCACGAUGUUCAUGCCAGGUCCCCCAGGCCCCCCAGGCCCCCCAGGGCCUCCAGGCUCCAUCAGCAGCUCUGGCCGGGAGAUCCAGCAGUACAUCUCUGAGUACAUGCAGAGCGACAGCAUUCGGGCCUAUCUCUCUGGAGUUCAGGGUCCCCCUGGACCACCCGGUCCCCCAGGGCCUGUCACCACCAUUGCAGGGGAGACUUUCGACUACUCAGAGCUGGCAAGCCGUGUCGGGAGCUACUUGCAGACCUCGGGGUACGGCGCCAGCUCCUCCACCUCCAUCUCUUCUGAGGACGUCGUGGCUGUGCUGAAACGGGAUGACGUGAGGCAGUAUCUGCGUCAGUAUCUGGUUGGAGAUUGGUCCCUCCAGUCUUUGGACUACGCCGAGCUGAGCAGUCGUGUUCUCAGCUACAUGUCCAGCUCUGGAAUCAGCAUUGGGCUUCCUGGCCCCCCGGGACCCCCUGGCUUGCCAGGAACAUCCUAUGAAGAGCUCCUCUCCUUGCUUCAAGGGUCUGAAUACAGAGGCAUCAUUGGGCCCCCUGGCCCCCCCGGGCCCCCAGGGAUCCCAGGCAACGUGUGGUCCAGCAUCAGCGUGGAGGACCUCUCUUCUUACCUGCACACUGCUGGUGUGUCCUCCAUCCCUGGCCCUCCAGGCCCUCCUGGUCCUCCGGGUCCUCGAGGGCCUCCAGGGGUCUCGGGAGCUCUGGCAACCUAUGCGGCCGAAAACAGCGACAGCUUCCGGAGUGAACUGAUCAGCUACCUCACGAGCCCGGAUGUGCGGAGCUUCAUCGUGGGCCCACCGGGCCCUCCAGGACCCCAGGGGCCGCCUGGGGACAGCCGUCUCGUGUCCAUGGAUGGCUCCUACAGCCGGGGCAGCAGGUCCUCCUCUUACAGCGCGUCGGCCGGUCGGGGCUCCUCCUACAGCUCCUCCAUGGGCAUAGGAGGAUCCAGUGGAGGCUCCCUUGGUGAAGGGGGGGCCUUUGGCCUGGACAUGGGCCUGGACCGAGGCUAUGGGGGAGCAGCAGAAGGUGGCAUGUACGGCGGUGAAGGUGGACUGUUCGGAGCUGGCUUUGCCGGAGGUCUGGACUACAACGAGCUGGCUGUCCGGGUAUCUGAGAGCUUGCAACGUCAGGGCCUGCUGCAGGGGAUGGCCUACACUGUCCAGGGCCCGCCGGGCCAGCCAGGGCCCCAGGGCCCCCCCGGCAUCAGCAAGGUCUUCUCUGCCUACAGCAACGUGACCGAGGACCUCAUGGACUUUUUCCGAACUUAUGGAGCCAUUCCAGGCCCCCCUGGGCAGAAAGGAGAGGUGGGCACCCAAGGACCCAAAGGUGAGAGGGGCCCCGCAGGACCACCAGGUCGGCCUGGGCCACCCGGGCCUCGAGGGCACAAGGGAGAAAAAGGAGACAAAGGUGACCAGGUCUAUGUGGGGCGGAGGAAGAGAAGCGUCGCCAUCAAGCCGUGAGCGUGGAAGAGCAGCCGCUGGCUCCAUUUCCUGCAGUGGCUUAUGGCGUUCGGGUCAGCAUCUGUCGGAGGGCGGAAGCUGGAGGCUCCCUUCCUACUGCAACAGCACAGCCAGCCAGUUAAAUAGAACACCUGUUUUAGUCUGGAACCUUCUCUGUAUAGACCUAUAUCAUCCAGUGGAAACCUGAACCAUUCCACAGCAGCCGCAGCUGCGGAGCUCCAGCCUGGCUGCUCUGCUCGGGCGACUUGAGCGCUGGGCUGCUUUAGCUCUUAGGUCUAGCUGCGGCCCAGGGAAGCCCAGCACCUAGAAGUAGGCUUAGGAGUCCUUGAGCUUUGCCUAAGAAUGAGCCAGAGAAGGGAAGACAGGGCUGCGGUGUGCUCUGGUCAUCACCGCGAGGCUGUGCCGCCUGCUCCCCC